UAUGAGUCCAGUUUCUGAGAGGAAACCGCUUGAUUUCGCUGUCUUCUACUUCUACGACCUCUCGCUAGUGGAGAGGAGUGGAGGAGGCAACAUGAAGAAGAAUUCGAGGUGGAGUUAAAACUCGCAGAAACGUCCUUUGAUUUGAAAGCUCUAAUCAUCGACGAUGUUGUCAUUGAGACCCUUGGUGCCUAUAACGUUCAAGACUCGUCGUUUCUCGUUAAACAUUCCGCAUCAUCAUGUCCAUUUCUGCAAAUCCCCAUCCAAGCUCAUGACUUAUGCUCAAAAUGGCGGCGGCAACGACUCGGCCAAUGAGUCUUCUGGUGGCGGAAACAGACCGGUGAGUAACGAUGUUGGGAAUGGUCCGAAGAAAGACCGAUUUGCUGGCUUCAGUUUCCGGUGGGGAGAUCUGUUGAAUCCGGAUCCAGAUAACUUUGUGGCCGUUGGGUUAGCUGGAGUAUUGACUUGGGCUAGCCUUCAAGUACUAUCACAGCUUUUCUUCAUCUCCUUCGCCAUACUUGUCGCUGCUCUCAAGUAUUCUUUUAUCGCUGCGCUUCUCAUUUUCAUCCUCGUCACUCUCCUCUAGCUUCUGUAAUGUUAUUUACUGCUUGAUUGUAGAACAUCUAAUAGUUCUUCUGAACUGUUCACCUCACAAUUUGUAUUAGCAACAAUUCAGAUUACACUUUGUUCUUGUGAUCAAUUUGGUUAUUAGUACAAAGACAUGGAUGUACA